AUGCUGGAGCAGUUAAAAAAACAAGAGGAAAAUGAAGAUGUUAUUACACAAAUGGCAAUCAAAUUAAAAUGGAAAACUUCUGAUCAGCCAGUUGAAGUUCUACCUCAACUCGUGAAGGCUGAAGAAAAGGUGAUUUCUAAGAAGGAAAAGACUGAAGAAAGAUCUAUGGAAGUUGAGCCUUAUAUUCCUCAAUUUGUAAGCAGAACGCGUUCUUUACAAAUUAUUCUGGAACAUGAGCUGGAGAAAUAUGAGAAAGAUGAUAUUGUGAAGCAUGUCUUUUUGGAAAGAGAUAUAGGGCGAGCUGGUCGGUUAAGAAGAAGAACAUAUUCCGAGCCCAGGAAGUGGAAAUGUGGUAAAAGAAAGCUUACAAUACAGUAUGGUUGCUGUUAUAAUUUUGCUCAGGACAAGGAAGGAAAUCUGCCUGGAAUAAUUCGCCAUGAUAAAGUUGAUCCUUUACCAUCGUUCAUAAAGAGGAUGAUUAAACAAUUG